AAAAAUCGUACAUGUGAAUUUCAAUCACAUUUCAAACUGAAUUCCAACCAGUCUAGUUCGAUUCGUUUGCUAUCCCAAAUUUAAUUCGCGCUAUCAAUUUCCACUUUAACGUUUCGUGUUUUGUUUUAAUUUUUUUCUUCAAUUAAUUGACACUUUUGAUAACAGUUCGAAGUUCAUAUUGAAAUUGUUUUUUGUGUUCACACACACACACAGCAGCAGUCGCAGCAGCAGCAAUAGUUCAAAAUCGUCAAACGACAAACACACAAUGCCCUAUUUUGGCGUCCAGUGUUUAGUGAUACUUUUAAUCAGUGUUAUCAGUUGUCAGUCGUAUCGCUAUGUUAAUCCAUAUGUUUGCAGAUACACUCCGACCACGGUGAGUGGUACCAAAGCGCCAACCGGACGUAUAUGCAAAGGCCAACUCCUUUUGGACGAGAGAUUUGUCGACUUUGACCGCGAUCUAUGGAAACAUGAAGUGACUUUAGGUGGCGGUGGCAAUUGGGAGUUUCAAUGGUAUGUGGACGAUCCGAAAAAUUCAUUUGUAAAAGAUGGGAAAUUGGUGCUGCGUCCAACGCUUACAUCAGUGGAAAUUGGCGAAACCGCACUGGAAAGUGCCCUUGUCAAACUGAAUCCUUGUACGAAUAAUCAGUGGUUUGGCUGUGAGCGUCAAGGAACUAAGACCAAUAUUAUCAAUCCCGUUCGAAGUGCACGUUUGAAUACGGCCGGAUCAUUUUCAUUCAAAUACGGUCGAAUUGAGGUGAUUGCAAAACUUCCCAUUGGCGAUUGGCUUUGGCCUGCGGUGUGGUUACUUCCUACUGAUCGAGUGUAUGGAGAUUGGCCACGAUCGGGUGAAAUUGAUUUAAUUGAAGCGCGUGGAAAUCGCGAGUAUCGAAACGGCGAAGGAAAACAUAUUGGUGUCGAGCAUUUUGGAUCGACAUUGCAUUUUGGACCACGUUGGGACCAGAACGCCUAUUGGGCGGCCACAUUCUCAACACGUUCACCACCCGGUCAAGGGUUCAACAAUGGAUUCCAUCGUUUCCUAAUGGAAUGGUCACCCCAUUGCAUCACAUUCUGUAUCGAUGGCCGUGAAAUCGGAAGAGUGCCGGUCAAUGAUGGCAUGUGGGCGCGCGGUAAAUUCACAGGAGAAAACAUUUGGGCGAAUGGCACGAAAAUGGCUCCGUUUGAUCAGGAAUUUCACAUCAUAUUGAAUUUGGCUGUUGGCGGUACGAACGGAUACUUUCCGGAUGAAGGAAAUGCUAGUCGAAAACCAUGGUUGAAUUCAUCACCGCAGGCGGCGACUGACUUUUGGAAAGGUCGCAACCAAUGGUUGCCUGGUUGGAAUCUCGACAAGCCCAAUUCAACGGAUGCAUCGUUAAUUAUCGAUUCGAUUCGAGUGUGGGCGCUUUGAGUAUCCUCUUAUGCAAAUGUAUACGGUUUUGUUUUGAAACAUUGAAUGUAAGAAUAGCGUUUUUUAAGUGAUGAUGAUAAACAAAGGGAGAAAAAGAAACAAUGCGAACUAUGAAGAUUAAGUGCAAACAGCCAACUGUUGUAAUUAUACUUUUUUGCACUAUUAUGAUAAUGGAUCGUAACGUUUUUGCUUCAUUUUUUCUUUGUCCCGUUGUGUAUAUAAUCAAAAUAGUUUCGAGAAAUUGCAAGAAUUGUCUGAAUUUCGAUUUAAUCACUGAAUAAAACACGUGCCGGUUGUGUGAUGAUGCAAGUACAUCCUUUCUUGUACUUGUACUUGUAA